CAUAGAAUAGUUAGGGUUGGAAAGGACCUUAAGAUCAUCUAGUUCCACCCCCCCUGCCAUGGGCAGGGACACCUCCCACUACACCCUGUCACCCAAGGCUCUAUCCAACCUGGCCUUGAACACCGCCAGGGUUCAUUAAGAUACUGAACCAUACUGUCUGUCAUUGAAAGCUUUGAGUUGUUUAGGUAAUUCUGUGAAGACCAGGAUUGAGUGAGUUAUUUGGGUAAAUUAUUCUUACUGUUCUUGUGCAGGCUGCUGUACUGCUGAAGUUCGUAUCUAAUUCACCCAGUCUUUCAGAGAGUGUGCUCCAUGCUUUGAGACCAGGAAGACCGUGGUGUUCUGAAAUGAAGAUGGAAGCAGUGGGAAAAGCAGAACAACUUGAUUCAGAAGUUCCACCAAAGACUUCUGAAAAGCAGGAGACCGCUCCUGAUGAAGACAGACCUAUAGAACUCAAGACACAAACUCGGAAAGACAACAUGCCCACUGCAGCAGGCUCUGGGGUGCUCUCUUCGAUGCCUUGCUUACUGAUGGAACUGAGGCGAGACUCCUUGGAGUCUCAGCUAGCAUUUAUGGAGAGCCAUAAGCCAACAGGUGGUCAAGUUUACGAGAGUGACUCUUCUAAUCACUGCAUGCUUUCUCCUUCUUCCAGCGGGCAUUUGGCCGACUCAGAUACGUUGUCUUCCACAGAAGAGAAUGAGCAUUGUCAGGCUGAAGCUGCUGUAGAGGGAGACUCUUCUGUGGUGUCCGGGGCUGCAGUUGGGAGGAAAUCCAGGCGAUCCAGGUCCGAAAGUGAAACUUCAACAAUGGUUGCCAAGAAAAACCGACAGUCUACUGAUAAGCAGAAUGGUCGAGUUACCAAGGUAAAAGGUCAUCGAAGCAAAAAGCACAAAGAAAGAAUCCGGCUCUUAAGACAGAAACGGGAGGCAGCUGCUCGCAGGAAGUACAACCUGCUGCAGGACAGCAGUACCAGUGAUAGUGACCUGACGUGUGACUCGAGCUCAUCAGAUGAUGAUGAAGUUUCAGGGAGCAGCAAGACAAUCACUGCAGAGAUACCAGCUGGCUUCAGUCGUGCUGGAGGAGCGACCAGGGAAAUUCCAGGAUUGCUCAACAUGGGUACCGUGUGGGAUAGGAACUGCAUAGGCAGUGUCCUGGAAGAGGCCAUGAACUGCUUUGCUAAGAUGCAGAAAUUUCGCAUGUGGAUAGAAAAGCUAACCCGACUUGAAACAAAUGAAGAAAGCAAGCAACAACUGGAGCCCAGGGAGCCUAAAAUUCAACUAAUUGACCAAAAAAGCCCCCCUGCCACAGUCAGGGUCUUUCAUACAGACGUCUGAUAGCCAAGUACUUCCACAGCAGACAUUUAAUUCUUAUGUGGGCUAUCAAAAUGACGAUGCUAUGCUAGAGUUUCCAGUGACUUUUAAUAAUAAUUUUUCACCUAUCUUUCCAGAGCAUGGGAAUAUUGCAGAGCCUGAUCUGAAUCAAUCAUAAACUUAAAAAAAAUUAUCUUUGCAAUCCUGAUAUUACUUCAGGUUAUGAUAAAAACAAGGUUUGCUUUUAUCUGUAUUUGUUUUGUUUUUCUCUUUUGGGUUUUAUUACCAUGGUAUUGUUUUCUUUACUUUAUAGAGACUAUAUAUGUAGUUAACCCUCUCCCCCAGUAUACCCACAUACAUGUGCCAACACACACAUACCUUUAAGGGGGGGGAACAACCACACUAAGCUUUCAUCACCAAACUUGGGAAAACAUAACUUAAAAUCCUUGAUUAGCUACCCCAAAAUCAGUAGAGCUGUUUGCUACAAUAGGAGCAUUCAGAGUAUUCAUCCAAAUGCUCUUUUUGUGUGUUAAAGCAUUUAUAUAAGGAAAUAAGCUUUAUAUUUAAAGAUGUAAAGUACCCUAGAGAACCAGACUAGAUACAGACCUUUACUAGAUACAGACAUUUACUUAUUUGUUUACUCCCAAGUUUUGCUGCUUGAACGUGUCACGCAUUAGUUUUUUCUUCUUCCUUUUUAGGCAGAAGUAAUAAAUAAGCUCACCCUUAACUAUAUAUAACAAAUGUGCACAACUGAUUUUUGUCUCCCACUUAGUAGUUCAUUUUCUGUCCAGAGUUUUUAUUAAUGUCAUUGCUGUGUCACACGUGGCAUAUUUAUGGAACUAGCUGUCUUAUAUUGUGUGUGCAAAUAUGGACACAUAUAUGUGUUCAGUAUGGGUGGAAGUCAUCUCUAAUUUUAGGUGUCUAGUUUGCUGUUCUGUGAAUAUCCUUCUGAGUCAAUGGGAAGAAGUAAGCACCUAGAGAGGAUACCUCUGGCAGUGGUUUUUUUUUUCCGUUAUUUGUCUAAACCUCCCUUACAAACAGUUUAGGAUCGAUAACUUUUGGCUGAAGUGAGAUGAAUCACACCCAACUACAUGUGCUUGCAUGAGCUGUGCACACAAGGCAUAAAAAUAGUCAUGUCAGUCCUAAAAUAAGCAGCUGUUGGUGGAUGGAUUGAGCCUUGGCACAGGAAUUUAAAGGCUUGAGAGUCGGAUUAGUAAAAACUGUGGUGGUCUGAAGGGAUGGGUUGCUGUCAUGGUUUAAGCCCAGCCAGUAACUCAGAACCACGCAGGUGUCUUGUCUCUUGUUUCCUCCUGGCUUCCCAUGCCACUCCUCCCUGGAAGAGCAUGAGAGACUGGGAAGUCCUUGAUUGGAGUAAACAUUACUUAGCAAUAACUAAAAACAAAGGUGUUAUCAGCAUUGUUCUCAGGCUAAAGUCAAAAACACAGCACUGCAACAGCUACUAAGAAGGAGAAAAAUGACUGCUACAGAUGAACCCAAGACAGUUGCUGGUCUGGAUCAGACAGCAUGAGCUUGUUCUGAACUAUGUUUGAAUGCCACUGAAAUCAUUAUUUACUUGUGAUGGGGAAUGUCAGAGUACUAAUUUCAUUUAAAU